GAAGGCUGGCGGACAGAGAGAGAGAGAGAGAGAGGGAGAGGUGGGGAGGAACCGCACACAUCAUGAUCCGAACCCUCAUCGAGUGACAUCCCCGACUCCAGCUCCCAUCUACCGCCAGGCAUCAUGAUUCCUGUGAUGGAAUUCCGGCAGUUCUCUGAACAGCAGCCAGCGUUCAGAGUCCUGAAGCCGUGGUGGGAUGUGUUCACUGACUACCUGUCUGUAGUCAUGCUCAUGAUUGGUGUCUUCGGAUGCACUCUUCAGGUAAUGCAAGAUAAAAUCAUAUGCCUUCCUCUGAGAGUCUCGUCGCUCUCGGUGAACACAAGUGAAGCGGAAUCGAAGUCACUGUUACACCUGCAAUCCAAUAUUUCAGCCGCACCAAGGGAAAUGAGAGGUCUGAAAACCGAUCUGGAUCUUCAACAGUACAGUUUCAUCAAUCAGAUGUGUUACGAGAAGGCUCUGCACUGGUAUGCCAAGUACUUCCCUUAUUUGGUUCUUAUACACACUCUGGUUUUCAUGGUGUGUAGCAACUUCUGGUUCAAAUUCCCCGGCUCAAGCUCUAAAAUAGAGCAUUUCAUCUCCAUGCUUGGCAAGUGUUUCGACUCUCCUUGGACCACACGAGCUUUGUCGGAGGUGUCGGGAGAAAAUCCUGAGGAAAAGGAAGAUACAAAGACGGCCAUUUCUAGGUCUAACAUCACUUUGUCUCCUGGAGAAGGCAGUCUGGAGAAGACACAGUCCCUCCGGUCGAUCCCGGAGAAGCUGGUGGUGGACAAGCCAUCAGCAAGCGCUCUUGACAAAAAAGAGGGUGAACAAGCCAAAGCUCUUUUUGAAAAGGUGAAGAAGUUCCGUUUGCACGUUGAGGAAGGGGACAUCCUCUAUCUUAUGUACGUUCGACAGACAGUGUUCAAGGUGUUCAAAUUCCUCCUGAUCAUUGCGUAUAAUAGUUCCCUUGUGAAUAAAGUGCGGAAUAGAGUGCGUUGCGAAGUUGAGAUCCAGGAUAUGACGGGCUAUAAAGACUUUGAAUGUAACCACACAAUGGCUCAUCUGUUUUCUAAACUGUCCUACUGUUACCUGUGUUUGGUGGCCGUCUAUGGCUUGACGAGCCUUUACACCUCUUACUGGCUGUUUUACCGCUCACUGAAAGAGUACUCCUUUGAGUAUGUGCGACAGGAAACAGGCAUCAACGACAUCCCAGACGUCAAGAACGACUUUGCUUUCAUGUUGCACAUGAUUGAUCAGUAUGACCCCCUGUAUUCAAAACGGUUUGCCGUUUUUCUAUCCGAGGUCAGUGAGAACAAACUGAAGCAGCUCAACCUCAACCAUGAGUGGACCGCGGAGAAAUUGCGUCAGAGGCUGCAGACUAACGGCAACAACAGACUUGAACUUCAGCUCUUCAUGCUCCCUGGGUUACCCGACCCUGUCUUUGAACUGACGGAGCUCCAGUCACUCAAGCUGGAGAUCAUCAACAAUGUCACCAUCCCUGCCUCCAUCUCGCAGCUGGAAGACCUGCAGGAGCUGUCUCUAUACCAAUGCUCUUUAAAGUUGCACACAACAGCUACCUCCUUCCUCAAAGAGAACCUGAAAGUGCUUCGCGUGAAAUUCGAUGAUAACAGGGAACUUCCACACUGGAUGUAUGGCCUGCGCAACCUAGAGGAGCUCUAUCUGACCGGGUCUCUAUGUCCUGAUGUCUCCAAAAAUAUAGUUCUUGAGUCGCUGCGGGAGAUGAAGUGUUUGAAAACUCUCUCGCUCAAGAGUAAUUUGACAAAGAUACCCCAGUCCAUAGUGGAUGUCUCCAGCCAUCUGCAGCGGCUGUACUUCCACAACGAUGGCUCUAAACUGGUGAUGCUCAACAACCUGAAAAAGAUGACCAACCUGAUCGAGCUGGAGCUGGUACGAUGUGAUCUGGAACGCAUCCCACACGCGAUCUUCAGCCUAACGAAUCUGCAAGAGCUUGACCUUAAAGAGAAUAACCUUCACUCAAUAGAGGAGAUCAUCAGCUUCCAACAUCUUCGAAAACUCAUUUGCCUCAAGCUUUGGUACAAUGGCAUCAUGUAUAUCCCAGAGCACAUCAAGAAGCUCGGCAGCCUAGAGCGCCUCUACUUCAGCCACAACAAGAUCGAGAUAUUGCCCUCGCACCUGUUCUUGUGCAACAAGCUGCGCUACCUGGACCUGUCCAACAAUGACAUCCGGUUCAUCCCUCCAGAGAUCGGAGUCCUUCAGAGUCUACAGUAUUUCUCUGUCACCUGUAACAAAAUCGAAAAUCUACCAGAUGAGCUGUUCUUUUGCAAAAAGCUCAAAACGCUAAAGCUUGGCAAGAACUCCCUGUACAUACUCUCGCCAAAGAUUUCCUACCUAGCUCUACUGACAUACUUGGACCUCAAAUGCAACCACUUUGAGACUCUGCCACAAGAGCUCGGUUGCUGUCGAGCUUUGAAGCGCAGUGGCCUUAUAGUGGAAGAGCCACUGUUUGAAACUCUGCCUUCUGAUGUCAAGGACCAAAUGAAGGCUGAGUGAGAUGCCUUACUGUAGCCACAGUGCCUGCUGAUGACCAAUUUAGAGCAUUAGUUUUGUAUGAACUCAUUACCAUACUUAAACUACUGUUAAGUUAUUUUUCCUGUUUCCUUGACAGAGGGAAAAAACUUGAUGAAACUAUAAUGUCACAUAGAUUGUGGUUGCAACAGGGGUGCUUGUUCUGUUUUUUUACAUAUUAUCCAGCCACAAAUUCUUCUUAAAGGAAUAGUUCUUGCUGAGAGUUAGCUGCUAGCUUAGCACAAAAACCCACCAGCAUCUUUAAAGCUAACUAAUUAACACGUCAUAGCUUGUUUGUUUUAUCAAAAAAGUAAAUGUAAAAAUGGCAAGUUGUGGUUUUUUAUGGGGAGUGACAUGCUUGACUAUGUUUUGGCUUGUUGCAGUUCCUGGAGUCUCUUAAAUAGAUAGGAUACUUUUUUUAACUUGCCGUUACCAAUUAUCAUAUACCUUGUACUAAUCAUUUCUUAAAUGGGAAUGAGAUUUUUUCAAAAAUAAUGGGACUUACUUUUUACUUAUUACACUCAAAGACAAAUCACAUGACACCAGUGAUUAAUAACACAUUUAUAAGAAUAACAAAUAGGAGUACAAUUACAAAAACAUUGCGAAUAAGUGUGAUAAUAUUGUCCAAUAUUAUAUAAAUAUUAUGACUAUUAAGCCCCCUUAUAACUCUAAGGCUGUGGUGUAUUUAAAUGUUAGGUUACUCUUGUGACACUUUAUUGUCACAAAUAGUGCAUCUAACUUUAUUUUUAAAGCAGGCAAAAAGGUGCACCACAUCACGCACGUUUCCUUUCUGCUAUUCUUCGACGUUUGAAGUUGAAGUGGGCAACUGUGGGCCAGCUUGUGAUUUCACAUUGGUUUCCACUGCCAUGUGGCGCGAGCCAGGUAAAUAUAUCAGGGCUGUUUUGGCAAAAAAUUAUACAAAAGUAGUGAAAACGUUUGAAAGGGGGGGUGGCCAUUCGUGUUUGUAUUUAUAUAUUGCAUACAUCAAUAUUUCUUUGAAGGAAUCGACACUAAAUGAGUAGCUUGUAAAUAUCAAAGAAGCAAUAUCACAGUAACAAUCCGCACAUCUUGACUCCAAAGUAGUGAGAUUUAGAGGUGCUGGUAGGAAGAUUUUUUCAAUCAUUAAACAGAACCAGGCUAGCUACUUCCCUCUGCUUCCAGUCUUUAUGCUAAGCUAGCUUUUUCCUGGCUGUAGUUUCACAUAUAGCCUGCAGACACAUGAGUGAUAUCGAUAUUCUUAUCUAACUCUCGGCAAGAGAGUGAAUAAGCCUUUUUCCCCAAAUUAUGUUUUAUUGCAUAUUUUCUAUCGCUGCUACAGAAAUAAUUUGAUAACUGAAUGUAAACCUAAACUGAAGACCUGACUUAGAGUAUGUUUAGGCCAGUAGCCUUAAUAAUGCUGUAUUGUAUAUACCUUCUGUUGCCCUUAUAGAGUUUUCUUUUUUCUUCAAGAGACUGUUAGUUCUCAUGGACCACAGCAGGGGAAAUUUGAAAAAACUAAGGAUGUAUCUCUCAUAAGUAGGCCUACAUGUAAAACCAUGGCUAAAAAAAUCUGUAUCUAAAAGGUGGCAAUUUAAAGUACAUUAAACUUAAAGGACUUCU